CACCGUAUUCCCAGGGGCACCUCGCUGGGUCUGCUGGCCACUACAACAGAACAGCGACUUUCCUCUCAGGUCGGAUGUCUUGACAGGACUGCAGCCAUGCUUUGUGGUCUGAGGAGAGAGGCGAAGAACAGCAGCAUCGAUGAUGGGCCAUACUCUAAGGGCAGCAAGGACUCUGGAGGGACCGACCAUGCCCUUACCUCCAGGAGACGCAGUAUUAAAGAGGACUACUGGGGCAUGACCACGUUGGACCUGAUUAAAAGGGAAGGCAGCAGCCUGGGCCUCACCAUCUCCGGGGGGUCCGAUAAGGAUGGCAAGCCCAGAGUGUCAAACCUGCGGCCAGGUGGGCUAGCUGCCAGGAGUGACCAGCUGAAUGUGGGAGACUACAUCAAGUCAGUGAACGGCAUCAACCUGUCCAAGCUCCGCCACGAUGAGAUCAUCAGCCUGCUGAAGAACAUAGGAGAGCGUGUGGUUCUGGAAGUGGAUUACGUACUACCUCCUUUUGUCCAGAACACUCCCACAGGUGUGAUAGCUAAGACUAUAGAGGUGUGCCUAUACAAGGAGGGCAACAGCUUUGGAUUCGUCAUGAGAGGAGGGUUCCAUGAAGACUGGCACAGGUCUCGUCCUCUGGUAGUGACCAACGUACGGCAUGGGGGUCCAGCUGAUCGAGAGGGCACACUGAAGGCUGGUGACCGUGUGCUGAGCUUAGGCGGGAAGCCCUUACACCGAGAGAAGCAUGCUGACGCUCUGACUAUGCUGAUGCAGUGUAGUCAGGAAGCCCUGUUCCUGAUUGAGUAUGAUGUCUCCCUCAUGGAGUCAGUGCAGCAGGCCUCUGGCCCCCUACUGGUGGAGAUAGUGAAGUGUCCUGCAGCCAGCCUGGGUGUUAGCCUAGCUACUGCUGUGUACAGGAACAAACAGGUCAUCGUCAUCGACAAGAUCAAACAAGCCAGUGUGGUGGAAAGGUGUGGGGCAUUGCAUAUAGGUGAUCUCAUUCUGUCUAUAGACGGGACCAGCACUGAGCACUGUUCCCUGAUGGAGGCCACGCAGCUAUUGGCCCAAACCUCUGACAUUGUCAAAUUGGAGAUCCUUCCAGCCAAUCAGAGCAGACUUCCCAUGAGACCCCAAGACACAGUGAAAGUACAGAAAAGCAACCUUCAACACUGGGAGCCCACUGCCAACUACAGCCACACCCAGCACUGCAAGACAUGGAGCAGUCCCUGCCACCAGCUCAACCAGCAGGACCACUGCAAAUCCACCUCAGGGUACAGCAGCACCCUGCCCUGCCCCAUCCCCCCCGUCGCCCCCACAAGCCCCCACAGCACGACACACAAGAGAUGCCAGCGGAGAAAGGAGCACAAGAGCUCACUGUCCCUAGCAUCCAGCUCAGUGGGCCCUGGGGGUCAGGUUGUUCACGUGGAGACCAGCGAGGUCGUCCUGAGGGGGGAUCCACUCCUAGGGUUUGGGGUUCAACUGCAUGGGGGUGUUUUUGCCACAGAGACCCUGUCCGCCCCCCCAGUCAUCCGCUUCAUCGAGCCCGACAGCCCUGCCGAAAGAUGUGGACUUCUGCAGGUGGGGGACAGACUCCUGUUAAUCAACAGAAUCCCUACAGAGGAUGGAACACUGGAGGAAGCCAAUCAACUACUGCGAAAUGCUGCUCUGGCCAAUAAGGUCACUCUGGAGGUCGAGUUUGAUGUAGCAGAAUCAGUGGUUCCAAGUAGUGGCGUGUUCCAUGUGAAGCUGCCCAAGAGGAGGGGAGUAGAUCUUGGCAUCACAAUCAGUGCAAGCAAGAGACCCGAAAAAGCUCUCAUCAUCUCUGACAUCAGAAAAGGAAGCAUAGCUCACAGGACAGGCACGUUGGAGCCAGGGGACAGGCUGCUGGCUAUCGACAACGUGCGUCUGGAGAACUGCACCAUGGAGGACGCCAUGCAUGUGCUGCAGCAGGCAGAGGACAUGGUCAAGCUCCGGAUCCAGAAGGACGAGGAUAACGCUGAUGAGCUGGAGAUGUCUGGUUCCAUUAUCUACACAGUGGAGCUGAAGCGUUACAAUGGCCCGCUGGGCAUUACCAUCUCAGGCACAGAGGAGCCUUUUGACCCUAUCGUCAUCUCAGGCCUCACCAAGAAGGGCCUGGCUGAAAGGACUGGUGCCAUCCAUAUAGGGGACCGUGUCCUGGCCAUCAACUGUGUGAGUCUGAAGGGGAAACCCCUGAGUGAGGCCAUCCAUCUACUCCAAAUGGCUGGAGAGACUGUCACCCUUAAGAUCAAGAAACGCCAAGACGAAUCGGAUGGGCAGCAGAUGUCGGAGCAGGCAGGAUUCCCGAGCGACACAGAGGAUGAGCUGACUGACUACAAGAAGACCAGUAAACACUCAGGGGUGUACUCUGCCACCGGGCCCAGCGUGUACUCUGCCAUGAGCUCCUGGGAUGGUUCCGGCAUCGACACUGGCUACGGCAGCCAAGGAACGUAUCUCCACAGAGGUGCAGAUUUGACCUUCCAGCCUAACGAGUGGAGACGCACCAAACCGACCAGGACUCACCUCACCUCCACUGGCCUUACCGCCCUUACCCACCACUCCCACCUCUACGAUGGGAGAUACGAUGAGGAUGACUGGGAUAAGGCUGCUGGAUGUGCCAGCCCCCCUCGUUGCCAUGGCACCCUGAACCAGGAGGACACCUUCUGGUCCCAGGCCCUGCAGGACCUAGAGACCUGCGGCCAAUCAGAGAUACUCAGGGAGCUGGAGGCGUCCAUGACAGGCAGCACUCUUAGCCUGUAUCUGGCGUCCCAGGAAGUGCUAAAGAGCAGAAUCAGUCCUGUGAAGAGGGGUCCCAUCCAUGACGAGCCUAAAACCAAAGGCAACCUGCAGAGGUCCAACAGGACCAGGGACACACCCCCCAGAGGGAGAGGAGAGACCCAGGAGACCACUUCCCCUACAGCCCUGGAACUGCUGAAGGUGACCCUGAGGAAGGACCCAGACUGUGGAGACUUUGGCUUCAGUGUGUCAGAUGGCUUCCUGGAGAAAGGCAUCUACGUCAACAUGAUCCGACCAGAUGGACCAGCCAAUCAGGCCGGGUUGAAACCCUAUGACCGCAUUCUGCAGGUGAACAGAGCGAGGACCAGAGACUUUGACUGCUUCCUGACUAUUUCUCUCAUCACUGAAGCAGGAGACAGCUUGGACCUGGUCAUCAGCAGAAACUCCCUGGCACAGGCAGAUACGGGGCCACCUCAGGACUGCGAGGACCCUUCUGACUCCCUGUUAAGCUUUCUACAUUAUAGGACCAAUAGUAUCGCCCUGACAAAGGUCCAAGGGGGAGGUAAUGGAUAAUAGCGCGUUCAAAUGGUGUUACACAUUAUACCAUGUGACAUGUAGGCACUGCACGUCUCACACCCUGGUUUUGUUUUGUUAUAUAUCUUGUACAUACACAAAGAAUCACAUUCAGAUGUGAGAAUACAUGUGUAUGUGAAUAAACACCCUUUCAGUCACUAAUUCACACUCCCAGACACAUACAUUUGCUGUGAUCAAUGUUAGUCAGUGUAUUCAUGUGAUCUAGAGCAGAGAAGGCUCAGUCAGGCUUCUGGGGCUGUUCAGGCAGAACCACAUGUAGUUACGUAACAGCUUCUGACUCAGCCUGCUCAACUCUACAGAAAUCCCAGAGAAACAAACACACACUUCCCUCUCAGAGAAGGUGUGUUCGGGAUACAGCACCACCACAGUGUUUUUAGUUUUUGUUCAACAAAAAGAAAAGUGAAAUGUGUGUAAUUGUGACCCUCUGUGACCUCUUGCUGGGGAAUGGUGGAGUUGCACGUACACACACAUUUGACACACGAACGUGCGCACAUGUGGGUGUUGGAGGAGUCCAGGCAUGCUGUGCUGGACUAUUAUUUUAGCCAUGUCUUGGCUGGCUGCCCUUUCCUUCCCUUCAGCCCGGCCCGACCUGGCCAGCCAGCUCCCCUCACUGUUAGCGCCACAGAAAUAGGUAGAAUGCUAAGCUGGCGUUCACUGUUACUUGCCAAGUAUUGCAGACAUUUCUAUUUUAGAUACCCCACACUCUGUCCUAAAGUCUGAAGUGUUUGUGAAAAUUGAUUUGGGUCCAAGUUUGAUGGCCGUCACGUGAGGACAAAUACUUACCAAGGCCUUUUAUUAUCACACCUUCAUUGUUGCCGAAGGUUUCUUUCUCUUGUUACAUUUCUCACACCAUGUUAUUAGCUACUGGGUAGACUGAGCAGGCAUUUGUCAUUCAUUACUUUUUGGCAUCAGCGUUUUUGUUUCAAGGUUCUUGUCAAUGGUUUUACCUAAUCAAGUUCACUAUAUUUCUGAAACCAAACCACUCACCGUUUUUGCUUGUAUGCACUAGUCGGUCACCUAAAUCAGAUCCAUAUACUGGAAUUGACGGGCUUUAUCACUCAAUGUUUAAAUAUAUUGUACAACUAAUGGUGAUAAUGCCACAUUCUUUGUUUUGAAAAGCUGUGUUUCACACUCUAAAGGAGUGUUCCUUGUCAUUAGAACAUAGUAUUCUGAUUAUGUUCCGGGAGCUCACUUUUCUCCUACACCUAUUUUAACAUUCUACCCUCAAUAUCAGCAUAUCUUGUGAGGCCAGGCGUUUUUCCUGACUAGAAAAACCUCUUGGCCCUAGUCCUAUGCAAACAUGUUUCAGAAGGCAUUACACCAGAGGUACUUACAGUACAGUAUCAACUCUCAGGUGUACAGUAUCAACUCUCAGGUGUACAGUGGUUUCUCUACAAAAACCCUCUUAAGUGAAUCACAUCCCCUGACAAAUGUGGAACGAAAUACCUUUCAGUUGAGAUGAUGAAUGAUUUCAUUUUAACCUUUUAAACCCAUUUUAAUGUAUCUGUUGUGUUUUAGCCCUCAACACUCCAUAGGGUAUGGACUUUGAUUAGAGUAUUUUACCCAGCUUCCAUGGCUGUCUCUCCCAUCAUAGUAAGCAUAAACAUGUAGCUAUAGGAUUUAAUGUCCCACCCAUAGAAAGCUUGCGUUGUUCACAAGGGGGAAUUUUAAAGCUUUUCUCUGCUGAACAAUUGCCAUCUCUGUCCUGCUCAAUCAGACAGAACCUUCUCCAGAGCUGUUCCUAUUUUCUCAUGACAUGAUGUUUUUAUAAAGCUCUUACGCAACACGUCUCGCCCUGGCCUGCUUACCAAGUUGCCUCAGUGGAAAUACGAUUUGUUUCAUGUCAUGUAAUGUCUGGGGAAGAGAUGUGAGAUUGCAGAAUCAUGCUGUCCCGUUCAGGACUCAACUCACUGCUUUUUAAUCCUCCGAGAGGAAACAUGUUUUAAGAAUGUUUUUAUGUUGUUCUCAAACUGUCAUACAUUUGAUACAGAUGCCUGUUUUUGGUUCUAUUGUUUUUAUUUGAACUGACGUUCUGCAUGUGUGGUUUUGUAUGUAAGAUGUGACUUAGUGCACUGUUUUCUGUACAGUUCCUCUGUUUACAUUGUCCCCCAGCUGCAUCCAAGCAUAGCUAUUUAAGUGGAGGGGGGGGGGGGGCUGAAGGAAAUUGGUUUGUAAGAUGUUAUUGGAUUCUUUAGUGAGAGAUGUAUUUCCUGCUUUUUAUGAAAAUAAGGAUCUGAGGACUGGGGUGUCUUUUUUCUUUCUUGAAUUCUUCUAUGAUAGCCAUUUAUCUUUGCCCAGUCUACCUUUGGACAUUAAGCAAAGGAAGGUUUGCAGAAAGAACAUGUCCUGAAACAUUUGGUUAAAUCAUGAUUUCAUGCAUAUUUCUACCAAGAAAGACCUUGCUCCAGCCAGAUUUGGCCAGCCUCCCCUAACACUGUUGAUCCCAGGUAACAAGCUGGCCAUAAAUCUACAAUGGUCUCAGUCCCGCCACCCUUACUUCUCUGUAGAUGUGACCAUCACGUCUUUGUGGGUGAGGUCUCAACAUGGUUUUCACCUGCCUAGAAGGGACACCUAAGAUCAUUUACCAGAAAUGUCAAUGCAGGUUUGUCAAACUAAUGUAUUAUAUUAUAUUUCCUCGCUGUUAAAAGUUAGUCCUCUAUCCAUCGAUUUCAAAAAUGUUGAUGCGCCCUGACUUUCUUGAUUUCAUUUUGAUGACAUUUAGCAAGCUGGAUAGAGUAAAGAGACUACACAAUAGGUCUGUUUUUUUAACUAACUACUUGUGGGACGGAUUGAAAAGACUAUCUUUGACACCCCUGUGUCAAUAUAAGGCCGGAGCAAGGGGGCAAAGGAAUAUUCAAGCUCAAAUAAUUAUCAUUGGCUAUUUUGGGGGGUGGAGUGCAAGUUGUAUUGUGAUUCGUUGAGGCAGCACUUGCUCAACAAAACAGUAUUGAUAAUGUAGGUGACGGGAAGAUGAGCAGUGAUGCUAUAUUCCUUUCAGUAUUAAUCAGGUAUUAGAUUACUCAAGGUAACUCAUCACAUGUGCAUAGUGCACUGAACAAAUUCCACUAAACACACAUGUUCCUGCGAUGGUGACAGGGUCUGAGUUUUCGCCAACACCAGAGGGGCUUCUCAACUGUUCAAUGUCUCUGUCUGCCAUUCCAAGGUGUCACCUUAUACCUUUUUAAGGUGACGCUUAAUGUCCAUUUUGGCUAAAACUCCGUGGAUUAAUCUAAUGGAGGCACAGCAUCUCUGUUUCUAAUCUGUUGGAAGUAAAAUUUCAGUUUGUGACAAAACAAGCGAGUAUAGUGUUGAGUCAUUGUACCAUCUAAACCACUGUGAAAUAUAUUUUCCAUAACCAAACAUAUUGUGUUUGAAGCUGUUAAAAGUAAAAGAUGGAAAACCCAUACUUAAGGACGGGAAGCAUAGAAAUAGUGGACAUAGAACAGAUCUAUCGCUUCUUAGACUUGCUUUCAAUGAGAAUGAUAUCUAUAACACAUUUCUAUGUGAAUUUGGUUGGGUCGCCCCAAAAGUUACAUAUUGCAGCUUUAACUAACUCAGAGAAAUGUAUGGUCAGAGUUGUCACAUCCUAUAGCCCAUGAGUCCAUUUUACUGUUGUCGCAAGGCGUAAGUGGUCUGUGAGUUGUCAUUUUGAUUGGGUGUGUGAAUACAGUUUUUUCACAUUUGGGUGUCAGCAUUAUGGGCAAUAGUAUUUUAUUCACUCUGUGAUUGCUAAAAUUAAGUAUUAGUCUACUAUUCACACCAACAUUAUUUAGAUAAUUUCACAAGCUACACUUUUAUUGUGUGGUUAUUUAAGCCUCCUUAUUUUAAUGCACUCGUUUUAAGUCACAGUCUAUGUAAAUAUGGGGUAUAUUAUGAAUAAGGAUGAAUGUAGAAAAUACCUUGUAUCAUGUUGGAAGUGAAUGUGUGUAGUCACAUGAAAAGAUAUUACAGUUUACCAUAUAAUACUACAUUACUAUCAAAUUGUGGUACACUGUAUAAAACUAUACUACACACUAUCCCUCGAUCAUGUGUAGUACUUACUGUAUAAUUUUGUAGUAUACUGUAGAAUACUAUAGUAAAUACUGCUGUAAAGUCCAAAAGCUCUACCAUUUUUUAACUAUUGUAAAUACUACAGUAUUUAAUAUACCCUGCCCAUUCCCCUUGCCCAUAUCCAAAUUUGGCCACCCAUAGGUGGGUAUACAUGGUAAGUAUAGACCCGUACAUGUUAUUCGAAAGAGCAGAAGCUCUUUAACUAUUGAUAUCCUUCCCAGUCCUACCUACAUACAGGCUAUGGAAAAUGUGCUAUUUUAGUUUCCUCAAGGAGAAAGCCUGCGCUUCUAUGUCAAAGAUAAUAAAAACAAAAAGCAAUAGUAAAUACUACAUUAGUGUUAGCAAAAACACUACAGUAAAUACCACAAUAAACUGCAUUCUGCAAAAACACCACAGUAAAUACUACAGUAUACUGUAUUCAGCAAAGACACUACAGUAUAUAUUACAGUGUACUACAAUCUGCAAAAACACCACAUUAAUUACAAUAGUAUAUUUUACAGUUUUUUUUACUACAAUAUAUAUACUAUAGUUAAAUAUAACUUCUACAGUAAAUACUACAGUAUUCACUGUAGUGUUUUUGCAAAAAUUAGUCUUUUGUAAAGUCUGCAAAAACACUACAGUGAAUACUAUGGUAUACCAUAAUAUACUAUAGUAUUAUUUUUUUUUUGGGGGGGGGGUAUACUGACUGUAGCUGUCUUUAUGAGUAAGAAGCCGGCCAGUAGGCCCUUAAAUGCUCUCACAGAACAAAUGAAUAAUUCACUCCAAGACAUGUAAAGAAAAAAUCUGUUUAUUUUCAAUCCAGGAAGAGAUGGUGCAAGGUGCAUCUCAAAGGGGGGUGGAUGUUAGACAAAAAAAUACACUUGAUUUUCCAACAGGUAUUACAUUUUUUUCUGGACAAGGAAUUUGGUUGACCAAGCACUGUGGAUGCUCAUGUACGUGCUUUGGGUUAAGGAAUCUCACUUUCACUUUAGAUGUUCAAAUGUAUGUUGGUCACAUAUCAUGUUUAGUAUUUUUACAUCUGUUUUCAAACUGAAAUAAUUUGAGUGGGAAAGGCCAUUUUAUUUUAUGAAUAUUGCAUACUACAAAUUUCAUUCAGGGUCAUCACAUUAAAUGUGAAUUGUUGACUGUAUUCAGAAGAAAUAGGUCAUCAG